AUGCUUGAGUUGGAAGGCCGUAGUUUGAUAAUCUUCAUCGUGACAGCUGUUUUCCUGGGUAUAUCCUUCGUUGUCGUCUGUCUGCGAUGUUUGGUCAGAAUCCGAAUUGUUAGGGCGUUCGGAUGGGAUGAUUUGUUUAUGAUAUUUGCAAUGUGGUGGUGGCUGGGCCAGGCUGCUUAUGUCUGGGCCUGUGCAUUAGCAAAGAUCUCGAUUGCACUCACCUUAUUACGUCUGACCGUCUUUCAGACUCAUAAAGUCAUUUUAUACAGCGUCAUUGCGGUGAAUUCUGCUGUCGGUCUGGUGUUCUGGGCUAUGAUAACCUUCCAAUGUCAACCGGUUUUUUAUUUUUGGCAGCGAGCUCUCCUCAUUUCACAUCCUACCGCUGAUAUUCAUGGAACCUGCAUGAACCUCGAUCGUCUUAUCAUCAUUGCCUAUGUUUAUAGUGGAGCCGCUACGUGCUGCGAUAUGACUCUAGGAAUCUUACCCUUUUUCCUUGUGUGGAAGCUGAAGAUGGGGUUCACAACCAAAGCAUCCUUAGCCGCUAUCUUAGAUGCAACAACCCAAAUCUCCAUCUGGUCCAACGUCGAAGCAAGCCUAGGAAUCGCUGCCGGCAGCCUAGUCACCCUUCGCCCUCUCUUCCGCUGGAUGUUCGACCCUAACUACUCGGGACCGGAAAGCAGAUCCUCCUUGAUGGGCGGCAGCUUACCGCUAUCUCACUUGAAUGUUGUUGAAUGCAAUACAAAGGGACAGCAACACCCACAAUACUGGCGGCCGGAUAUUGGACCUGAGGAAACACACGCCAUUAUUACGACCAUCCAUACUGUGAAUCACGGCAGUCGUGUUAAUAGCCAGGGUAAUAUGGAGUCAAGAUGUGGCUCCCUUCAGAUCAAUAGAGAUGUCAGCAUUCAGAGGAACUUCUCUAUUUCGGAGCUACCUUCCCGGGCUGAGGCAUCUAGUUCCAAGGUCCGUGAAAAGGUCAUGAGAUGCGGGAUUGGUUGUCGCUUAGAGGAUCCUCGCCCGGGGGAGCAAGGCACGGUGAUAACGAUCCGGUGCUAG